UGGAACAGCGCCGAAGCACGGAGCAGGGAGGGAGGGGGCGUCCCGGAGUCUUCGGAAAGACAGAGGGCGAUGACCACACCGGCAGGCUCGGGCGCAGGCUUCGGCUCCGUGUCCUGGUGGGGCCUGUCCCCGGCGCUGGACCUGCAGGCUGAGAGUCCUCCUGUGGACUCGGACUUGCGGGGCGAUGCAGAGACCAGGACCCCCGAGCUAGAUGUACUGCUGCUGGGCUCCGUGGAUGGGCGGCACCUGCUUCGGACCCUGGCCCGGGCGGCGCUCUGGCCUCGCAGGAGGUUACACUUCUAUGUGCUAGAGAAUAAUCUGGAAGCUGUGGCUCGACACAUACUGAUCUUCAGCCUAGCUUUGGAGGAACCUGAGAAGAUGGGGUUGCAAGAGAGGAGCGAGACCUUCCUGGAGGUGUGGGGGAACGCGCUGCUGCGCCCCCAGGUGGCCGCCUUCGUGCGCGCCCAGGCCAAGCGCCUGGUGCACCUGGUUCCUGAGCCCGACCGCCUGGCGGAGCAGCUGCCCUGGCUCAGCCUGGGCGCCCUCAAGUUCCGCGAGCGCGACGCCCUGGAGGCUGUGUUCCGCUUCUGGGCCGGCAGGGAGAAGGGGCCCGAGGCCUUCCCCAUGAGCCGCCUCUGGGACUCCAGGCUGCGCCACUACCUGGGCUCCCGUUACGACGCCCGGCGCGGUGUCAGCGACUGGGACUUGCACAUGAAGCUGCACGACCGCGGGGCCCGAGUCAUCCACACUCGCGAAUUCCGGCGUUGGAGGGACACUGGUGUGGCCUUUGAGCUCAGAGACUCCAGCGCCUACCACGUGCCAAACCGGACCCUUGCGUCAGGUCGCCUCCUGAGUCAUCACGGAGAGCGUGUCGCAGCACGCGGGUACUGGGGGGACAUCGCCACGGGGCCAUUCGUGGCCUUUGGCAUCGAAACAGAUGAUGACAGCCUCCUGCGGACCAGCAAUGGACAGCCAGUCAAGACCGCCGGUGAGAUCACGCAGCACAACGUGACAGAGCUGUUCCGAGAGGUGGCCGCCUGGAGGCGCCCAAGAACUGCCCAGGGAAACCCCGAGCAGGUGCUGGAGGACCAGGAUGGAAGCCCAGAGCGCUCUGCUCCUGCCCCGGAAUUCUUCACUGUGCACUUCCUGCCUCUAGGCUCUGCCCAGACACUUCACCACAAAAGCUGCUACAAGGAACGGUUCCAGCUUCUCUAUGUGGCCUGUGGGAUGGUGCAUCUUCUUAGCCCAGAUCUGGGGGCCACCGUGGCCCCUGGAGGACGCCUGGUGGUGGAAUUAGCGCGAUACCUGGUGGACCUGCGGCAGGAGCAGCUGCAGGGGUUUGCCAGCCGGGUUGAGGAGCUCGCUCGGGCGGCUGGGUUCACCCUACUGCCGCAGGCCAGGCCCUUGGAGACCUUCGCACGCUUCCACAAGGCCCCAGACUCCGCUUGUGGCCCUGGCUCUGCUGUGGACUCCAUGACUCCGCCCCCUGACGUCCCAACCCCGCCCCUUGAGGACCUGAGCCAGGCUCUGGAAGGCAGGACCCCACCCCCUGAGCCCCUCAAGCGGCCCCCAGAGUCUCUGGCUCUAUCCACAGAGUCAGACUCCACAACCAGAGAGUCUGACCCCUGUCCCCAUCUCUGACUUGUAAAGUCAGGUCCUGGAAUUUGAGCCCGCCUCUAGAACACUCAGUUCUGUUCUCAGCAGUCUCUAUCAGCUCCAGAGGUGUUGCUGGCAUUUCAAAUUACCGUCCUGGGAUUCUGUGUUCUGUUCCUAGAAUUCUAGAUUGUUCUUUUAGAGUUACACGUUCUACUCUUGAGACACCGCCUACAGAGAUGGGCCCUGAGUCUCAGGCCCUCUGUGUGGUCUCCUUGUCCCCCAAGGUCCUGUUUUAACUGGGGAUGGGGGAAUUGCUCUCCAGGGCUGUUCAACACCCCCAGGGGCCCAGUAAAGAGAGCGGGGUCCUCUUCGUGUGCCCCUGUGUCUUUCUGGUCUUCAGUCUUGUCUCCAGGACUAGGAGACGGGAUGAGCUAGAGUGGUCAGGAGAGACCCAGUUCCUACUGAACCAGAGGUGGAUUUCUCCUUACUGUUUCUCCAACUGUUGUGGCCUGAGAGUCUGGGCCAUACCUGGAUCCUCAAAUAAAUCAACAAAUUUUAUUGAGUGGCUAACAAGUUUCGGAUACAGAAACUGACCAUAGCUCUUAGGAAUAUUGCAGUCCAAUGUGGGGAUGAGGCUCAGACUCCUGGGUCUGAGGGAAGAGGAGCUGAGG